CCAGGGCCUGCCCUAGAUGGGUUUGCGGAGGCAGCGCUUAAAAGGGGAGGAAAGCUGGGGCUCAUAAGUCACCUUCUCCCCUCUUCCCCACCCCGGCUUCCAUCCACAGGAUCCGCGAUGGUGCGCUUGCGGGCUCUGUGGCUGGCCUGGGCUCUGCUAGGAGGGGCCGCAGCUUGCCCAGAGCCGUGCGCCUGCGUGGACAAGUAUGCACACCAGUUCGCCGACUGCGCCUACAAGGAGCUGCGCGAGGUGCCAGAAGGACUGCCGGCCAACGUGACCACGCUUAGUCUGUCGGCCAACAAGAUCACCGUGCUGCGGCGUGGGGCCUUCGCCGACGUCACGCAGGUCACGUCGCUGUGGCUGGCGCACAAUGAGGUGCGCACGGUGGAGCCCGGCGCGCUGGCGGUGCUGAGCCAGCUCAAGAACCUCGACCUAAGCCACAACCUCAUAUCCAGCUUCCCGUGGAGCGACCUCCGUAACCUGAGCGCGCUGCAGCUGCUCAAAAUGAACCACAAUCGCUUGGGCUCGCUGCCCCGGGACGCACUGGGUGCGCUGCCCGACCUGCGCUCCCUGCGCAUCAACAACAACCGCCUUCGUACACUGGCCCCUGGCACCUUCGACGCGCUUAGCGCGCUGUCACAUCUGCAACUCUAUCACAACCCCUUCCACUGCGGCUGCAGCCUUGUGUGGCUGCAGGCCUGGGCCGCAAACACCAGGGUUUCGUUACCCGAGCCCGACUCCAUCGCGUGCGCCUCGCCUCCCGCGCUGCAGGGGGUGCCGGUGCACCGCCUGCCCGCCCUGUCCUGUGCACCACCCAGCGUGCGUCUGAGUGCUGAACCACCGCCUGAGGCACCGGACAGCCCCUGGCCCGCGGGCCUAGCGCUCCUGCUACACUGCUUCGCGGAAGGACAUCCCACGCCCCGCCUGCAAUGGCAACUUCAGAUCCCGGGUGGCACCGUGGUCUUAGAGCCUCCGGUCCAGAGCGGGGAGGACUACGCGGAUGCGGCGGAAGACGGAGAGGAGGAAGGAGAUGGGGACGGGCCAACGCAGACGGAGGCCCCAAUCCCGACUCCGGCACCCGCUUGGCCCGCACCCCCAGCCAACCCACGCUUCCUGGCCCUCACAAACGGUUCCCUAUCGGUUCCGCUCCUGAGUGCCAAGGAAGCAGGUGUCUACACCUGCCGUGCCUACAACGAGCUGGGUGCCAACUCCACGUCACUACGCGUGGCAGUGGCGGCUUCUGGGCCCCCAAAACACGCUCCUGGCUCUGGGGGAGACUCUGAUGGGCAGGCCCCUACUUCUGAGCGCAAGUCCACAGCCAAAGGCCGGGGCAACAGCGUCCUACCCUCCAAACCCGAGGGUAAAAUCAAAGGCCCAGGCCUGGUCCGGGUUAGCAUCCUGGGCGAGACGGAGGCGGGGCCGGAGGAGGAGGAGGCAGGUGAGGGAGAGGAGGCAGAAGACCAGGUCUCUGCAGAUCCGGUGGAGGAGCAACGCUGUGGCCACGGGGACCCCUCGCGGUACGUGUCCAACCACGCAUUCAAUCAGAGCGCAGAGCUCAAGCAGCACGUCUUUGAGCUGGGCGUCAUCGCGCUGGACGUGGCGGAGCGUGAGGCUCGGGUGCAGCUGACGCCGCUGGCGGCGCGCUGGGGAUCUGGGCCCAGCGGGGCUGGGGGAGCCGGGCGGCCGGGACGGCGGCCGCUGCGCCUGCUCUACUUGUGCCCAGCGGGGGGCGGCGCAGCUGUACAGUGGUCGCGAGUGGAGGAGGGCGUCAACGCCUAUUGGUUCCGCGGCCUGCGGCCUGGCACCAACUACUCGGUGUGCCUGGCGCUGGCAGGCGAGGCCUGCCACGUGCAAGUGGUGUUUGCCACCAAGAAGGAGUUGCCCUCGCUGCUGGUUAUCGUGGCGGUGAGCGUGUUCCUCCUGGUGCUGGCCACCGUGCCCCUGCUGGGCGCCGCCUGCUGCCAUCUGCUGGCCAAACACCCGGGUAAGCCCUAUCGUCUUAUACUGCGGCCCCAGGCCCCUGACCCCAUGGAGAAACGCAUCGCCGCAGACUUUGACCCCCGUGCGUCCUACCUCGAGUCCGAGAAAAGCUACCCGGCAGGCGGUGAGGCAGACGUCGUGGAGCCCGAGGAGGCUCCCGGGGAGGGCCUUGAUGAAGACGCGGAGCAGGGGGACCCAGGUGGGGACCUGCAGAGGGAGGAGAGCCUGGCGGCCUGCUCGCUGGUGGAGUCCCAGUCCAAGGCCAACCAAGAGGAGUUCGAGGCGGGCUCUGAAUACAGUGAUCGGCUGCCCCUGGGCGCCGAGGCGGUCAACAUCGCCCAGGAGAUUAAUGGCAACUACAGGCAGACGGCAGGCUGAACCCCCAGCCCGACUGGCCCGCCCAUUCCCAUCCCCCACCUUGGGUACCUGGGAGCUGAAGCCUAGGGCUGGCAGGACGUAAGCCUCCCCACCCCCCACCCGCAACCUUCACUUACUCCGCCCCUUUACCAGACCCGAUCUUCACUACUGGGGACUUCCAGUGGGGAGUGGGGCGACUUCAGCAGUCCCAGGCCGCCCACUACUGUCCUUGUCCUUGUGGGUUCAGUUCCACUACCACCGCAAGCACGGUUACUAGCUCUACCCACGGACUGGGAAGUGAAAUCCACACCUCUCCAUUCCCACCGCAAUUGUUAUCUGCGAAAUCUGCUCUGCAGCCUGUCCCACCGUGGGCUCUGGAACCAGAGGAAACGGGAGAAGACGUUGGAAACAUCUGGUGGUAACGCUGUGGCAGGGAGUCAUUCUGGGACCCUCAGCAGAUGUCCCUUGCGUGGACCGCUGUAGGGUCCUGCCUGGACCCCUACUCCGCCCUUUCCGGGGUGCACGUCCCGGAAGUCAGGACUCGGUAGCAACUCCCUAGUUUUAGUUUCAAAGCCCCCUUCCGACUGGGAAACAAACCCGUCUGUUCCCCUCCCCCCCUCCCCAA